AGCCACUUGAUGAUCUUCUGGGACCAACUUAUGUGUCAUCAGGACCUGCUGGGCUAUCAGUGUCCAGUAUUAAGGUUCACAAAAGCAAGAUUGGACAUCUUCCUCCUGCAACACAAACCAUUUUCCACAAAGUCUCAACAUCACCAGACCGGACAUCUACUACUCCUCCCCAGUCAUACUCUCCUGCUGUAUCUCAGGCUGCCUCUUCCACUUGUUUAUUGCAAGAAGUGAAAAGAAAAAACUCUGAAUCUAGCUCAGCUACUCUUGAUAACCAAGCAGAAAGAGGAGACAAAAGACAACACUUAAUGGAGCAAUACUUUGAGCAAGUGAAAGACAAAGAAGCUAAGGAGGUGGAAUAUAAGAGGAGAAAGGAGAGGAGAGAAAGAAUGAAACUCAGAGCUUUACAGAAAAUAGGAAAAGAGCUCCAAAGUAUUGCAAAAGUUCAAUUAGAAAUCAUUAAAAAACAAGAUUUAAUUUUAGAGGAAAUUAACCGAUGAGUCUAUAUAUAAAGCAAAACAUAUAUGAUACAGUACUUUUUAUACAUAUUCACUGCCUCCUAUGAAGAAGUUAGUAAGAGGUUGUCUGCCCGCAUCCAAGGAGUGAACUUAGAGUUUUUUGGAUUAAAAGAACAAUUUGAUUUGGUUAAGGUUGGUAAAGGUGUACUGUACAGUGCCACUCAUACUCUUUCAUUCAGAAAAUACACUUUAUGACUUUUUUUCUUUUUUUUUUUAAGUUUUAUGCUGGAAUAUGUCUGUUUGUAUUGGCACAAUUUAUAUGACUAAUUCUCAAGUCUUUUUCUUAUGAAAAGUAUAAAUUGGUAGUAUACUGUACAGUAGUAUUGACUUAAUGCUUUUGGCUUGUGUAAAUAUUUGAUAAUUUGCUUUUUACUGUAGUACAGUUUAGUUAUUUUUAACAAUACAGUAUUAUGAAAUUGAACUAUAUUUAGUGUAAAAAAUUUCUGUUUAACUGUACACUAAAGUGAAACAGAUCUUAUAUUGUAUAUUAAGUGAGAUUUUUUAUAAGAGAUAUCCUUUAAAUAGUAAAACUACAAUUUGAUCAGGCUAAUGUAAAGAUUUCUUAUCUAAGUUUAAUGGGAUUUUAAAAUACAAUAUUUAUACGUGAUACCUACAUGUAAAGCUACUUAUUUUUUCAUUGCAAACAUUUUCCCACUAGACUGCUGUGUGCCAGGAAUCAAUAGCAAAAUUGCUCUGUCUUUUCUCGUGUUCAUCUAUUCAUUGUAACUGGUGUAAUGUCCCCAUAAAUUGCUCAACAUCUGCUCUCCUGUCCUUCACAUACUGUACUCUGCUGCAUCCAGAAGUUCAACUCCCUCAUUAGUGCAGCAAAGCCUCGAUAAAUAGGACUAAUUUGGACAGACUCCAGUCCCAAAAAAGGAAAUCUGUUGGGGGUGGAGAUGACACUAUUAAUCUGCACUGUUUAAUCCAUAAAAGGUCACAUUAUUAUACAGUGGUCCCUCGGUUAACGAAUGGUUCGGUUAACGAAAUUUCAGUUAACGAAUUACCUUCCAUAAGAAUCUUCAAUUCGGUUAACGAACA